ACAUCUUUUAUAUGUGAGAGUAUAACUGAAGGUGUAGAGGAGAGAAGUAGUAAGAAGGAGUUGUAUGAUUUUCUUGUAAUAAAUAAAGAAAAUGAAGAGCAAGAACAUUUUACAGGUGAAGCUUCAAAUGAUUUUAUAAAUAAAGAAGCUAUGAAUUCUGAAUUUGAAAUAGAUAAUUCAGAAGAAAUUGAUAGUCUGGAUGUUAAAAAAGAAACUAGUGAUGCUAUGAUUUUAACCCAAAAAUACACUAUGGUAGAGUUGGAGUUAUGGUGA